AGCUUGUUGGCUGCUGGGAGGAAAAAGCAAUAAUCUAGUCAUCACCCAAAUAAAUAUGAAAUCAUGGCUGCAUUCCUAAGUCUAGUGAUCAUGGAGCCCGAAGAAUAUGGCCUGGAGAUAUCUAAGAGAAGACCUCUUCAAAGAGGUGACAUCUCAACAAAAAUCUGUAAGACAAGCAAGAGUUAGGCAGGCAAAGGGUGUGGAGCAGGGUGAGAAGUGCAAGUGAAAGCCCAGAGGUGGCAAGGAGCUCGGUGGGCUGGAGGGACAGGGGAAAUGCUAGUGUGACCUAAGAACAGAGAAGGCAAAGCCAAUGUGAGGGUAAGUAGGUUUGAAUAAGAAGUAAGAAGGGUUUGAGGUAUUUAACAAGGAGGUAGGGCUCUGGAGGUGGUGGCACAAGCCUGAGGACCUGAGUUCAGAUCCCUAGAACCCAUGUAAAAGUCAGGCAUGGGACAGCUGUGCACACCUGUAACCCUUGCACUAGGAGACAGAGAUAGGUGUAUCCUGUGGCUUUUCCCGCUAGCUGAAUUGAUGAACUCCAGGUUCAGUUGGAGAACCUCUCUCAAAAGCAAAAAGGUAGAGAGAGAGAGGAGAUACUUAACAUCAACCUCUGGACUCUAGUGUGCAUGCCUGAGUAUGCACAUCUGUGAACAGGUAUACACAUAUGCAUGUGCCACAUACAAAAUAAAAAAAAGAAAGAAAGAAAUGAAUUGUGUGUAGACAGAGCAGAAGGCUUCAAUUGUCCACUAAGAGGAUAGUGUGGAGUCCUGGCUGGCUGUUGGCAUGUGUCUGACGUGUUUGAUAUGGCAUAUGCCCAGGUCCAAGAAUAAAGAUCACACCCAGAGGAAAAAAAAUCUCUCCUGAAUUAUGUGUCUCAAUUAAGUUACCUGAAUCUUGAUUAUUGGAAAAUCAAAUGAAAGAAAGAAUAAAAAAAAAAUGAGAGUCAAAAUAUCCGUGUCUUAUAAGUUAGCUUUCUUAUUUUGACUUAUUUUCAUUGCUUCCUUGUCACUUCUAAUGCAUUUUCCUUUUAUUAUAGCUGAGUGCCACAAGAGUUAACUGACAAGCCAUCAACUAUGUUGCCUAUGGAGCACAAUUUCUUAACACUAAUUUGGAGGUAUCUCAAAAUACUCUAUUCACGUGGCUCAUGGAUGAGAUAUCAUUGUUGUCCAUGACCUCAACUUAUGUAAAUCACACUUGGCUUCAUCUUUCAUUACCAGGAAAAUGGAGCCUGAUGACACGUCUCCAGACUUGGCCGAAGUAGCUCCAACACGGACCUGUGCACAUGCCUGGAAUUGAGUGACAUGGUUAAAGGAUUUCAGAUUGCUUCGUGCCUCUUGGGAAGUUCCGAAAACCAUCCUUUCCAACUCUGGAAUUCUGUUCAACUGAGACUCGCUUGAAUGUUUACACUAUCUGCUUGCUGUUCUACUCGCCACUAAACAGUGUUCAGAUCCUGAUCAGGAACUGAGUGUGUUCCUCAAGCCACCAUGGCCAGAUUGAGCAUUGGGAUAGCAGUUUGCCGAAUGGUGCUGGGCUUGCUGAUGACUUCAUUAACUGAGUCUUCCAUACUGAAUAGUGAGUGUCCCCAGCUUUGCGUGUGUGAAAUUCGCCCUUGGUUUACCCCACAGUCCACAUACAGAGAAGCCACCACUGUUGAUUGUAAUGACCUCCGUCUAACAAGGAUCCCUGACAACCUUUCUAGUGACACACAAGUGCUUCUCCUACAGAGCAAUAACAUCGCCAAAACCGUAGAUGAGCUUCAGCAGCUCUUCAACCUGACUGAGCUUGAUUUCUCCCAGAACAACUUUACAAACAUCAAAGAGGUAGGACUGGCCAACUUGACCCAGCUCACGACCCUGCAUCUAGAGGAAAAUCAGAUCUCGGAGAUGACAGAUUACUGUCUGCAAGACCUCAGCAACCUUCAAGAACUCUACAUCAACCAUAACCAGAUCAGUACCAUCUCAGCUAAUGCUUUUUCUGGCUUAAAAAAUCUCUUAAGGCUGCACCUGAAUUCCAAUAAAUUGAAAGUGAUUGACAGCCGUUGGUUUGAUUCUACACCCAACCUGGAAAUUCUCAUGAUUGGGGAAAACCCUGUGAUUGGAAUCCUGGACAUGAACUUCAGACCUCUCUCCAACUUGAGAAGCCUAGUUUUGGCAGGAAUGUACCUCACUGAUGUUCCUGGAAAUGCCUUGGUAGGCUUAGACAGCCUCGAGAGCCUGUCUUUUUAUGACAACAAACUGAUCAAAGUCCCUCAACUUGCUCUGCAGAAAGUUCCAAAUUUGAAAUUCUUAGACCUCAAUAAAAAUCCCAUUCACAAAAUCCAAGAAGGGGACUUUAAAAAUAUGCUUCGGUUGAAAGAACUGGGAAUCAACAACAUGGGAGAGCUGGUUUCGGUGGACCGCUACGCCCUGGACAACUUGCCUGAACUGACAAAGCUUGAAGCCACCAACAACCCCAAACUGUCAUACAUCCAUCGUUUGGCUUUCCGAAGCGUCCCGGCUCUAGAAAGCCUGAUGUUGAACAACAACGCCCUGAAUGCCGUUUACCAAAAGACCGUAGAGUCUCUUCCCAAUCUACGCGAGAUCAGCAUCCACAGCAAUCCCUUGCGGUGUGACUGUGUCAUCCACUGGAUUAACUCCAACAAAACCAACAUCCGCUUCAUGGAGCCCCUCUCCAUGUUCUGUGCCAUGCCGCCUGAAUACAGAGGGCAGCAGGUGAAAGAGGUGUUAAUCCAGGACUCCAGUGAACAGUGCCUCCCAAUGAUAUCACACGACACAUUCCCAAAUCAUUUAAACAUGGACAUCGGCACCACAGUUUUCCUAGACUGUCGGGCCAUGGCUGAGCCGGAGCCAGAAAUUUACUGGGUCACUCCCAUUGGAAAUAAGAUAACCGUGGAAACCCUUUCAGAUAAAUACAAGCUGAGUAAUGAGGGCACCUUGGAAAUAGCAAAUAUACAGAUUGAAGACUCGGGAAGGUACACAUGUGUUGCCCAGAAUGUCCAAGGAGCUGAUACUCGAGUGGCAGCCAUCAAGGUUAAUGGAACCCUUCUAGAUGGUGCCCAGGUGCUGAAAAUAUAUGUCAAACAGACAGAGUCUCAUUCGAUUUUAGUGUCCUGGAAAGUUAAUUCCAACGUCAUGACAUCAAACUUAAAGUGGUCAUCUGCCACUAUGAAGAUUGACAACCCCCACAUCACAUACACAGCCAGGGUUCCAGUGGAUGUCCAUGAGUAUAACCUAACACAUCUUCAGCCUUCUACAGAUUACGAAGUGUGUCUCACGGUGUCCAACAUCCACCAGCAGACUCAAAAGUCGUGUGUCAAUGUCACAACCAAAAAUGCUGCCUUCACCCUGGACAUCUCCGACCACGAAACCAGCACAGCCCUUGCUGCGGUGAUGGGGUCGAUGUUUGCUGUCAUCAGUCUUGCGUCCAUUGCUGUGUACAUUGCCAAAAGGUUUAAGAGGAAAAAUUACCACCAUUCGCUAAAAAAGUAUAUGCAAAAAACCUCUUCCAUCCCACUGAACGAGCUGUACCCCCCACUCAUUAACCUCUGGGAAGGAGACAACGAGAAGGAUAAGGAUGGCUCAGCAGACACCAAGCCAACCCAGGUCGACACAUCCAGAAGCUAUUACAUGUGGUAACUCAGUGGGUAUUUUGCUUCUGGUAGUAAGGAGCACAACGACAUUUUUGCUUUAUUCUGCAAAAAUAACAAGGUGAAGAAGACUUUUGUACUUUUGACUUUGCUAGUUUGUGGCAGAGUGGAGAGGAUGGGUGGAUAUUUCAAAGUUUUUUAGUAUAGCGUAUCGCAAGGGUUUCACACGGCUGGUAGUGGCUCUCAGCUGCCAGUUUGUGUUUGGUUUUUAUCCUUAUCAUUAUUAUGAUUAUUAUAUUAUUAUAUUAUUAUUAUUUUAUUUUAGUUGAUGUGCUAAACUCAAUAAUGCUGUCUUAACUACAAUGCUCAAUAAAAUGAUUACUGACAGGUGGGGGUUCCUCUGUGCUUGACCCCUUCUUCUGAAGCCAUCACUACAAAGAACCGUGUCCUCUCAAAAGCUAACAUAUGGUUUGGAAGCAGCAUUAAAUCCUUCGUAGCAAUCUGGUCUACAGACUUUGAACUCAAGCUAAGACGAAACUUGCUACUUUGUUGAAUGAUGUUAGUUGGCUGUACUGUAAUGUUGUAUCAACUGAACUGAAUGUUUGCCUUUCAGCAACCUCUUUUUCUUUCCUUCCUCUUUCUUUUGUAAUAGUUGAAGAGGCUUAGAACAAGCUAACAGGCAAUAGAAAUAUGUAUAUCAGAUUUUCUAAUGUAAUGAACUACAUGUUAAUUGUUACUAUAUUCUUUUUAUCUUUAGUAGACACUUUUAAAAAAAGAAAAGAUAAUUUUGUUGUGUUUAACUCACCAACUUGGUGUAUAAUGAAGACAGAAGUACAAUAAAUUAGUUUGUUCUGAUUUUUUAGAACACUUGCAAUAACGUAUCAUUUAUAGUUCUUGCUAGUUGCAGAGGCACUAUCUUUCACACCAAUGCAGUGGACAACCAAAGUAUGUAUGUGCAUGCUGUCUUUUAUAGUCAGGCCCUAAAAUCUUUUGAGUUCUUUUUGUAAAGAAAGAAGUAUCCAUUUUAACUAAGACACCUGGGCCAUUGAGAUGGCUGGGUAAGUAGAUGCCUGCUACCAAGCCUGAACUGAAUUCCAUCCCCAGGCCCCACAUGGUGGAAGGGAAGAACUGACUCUAAGCUGUCCUUUCACCUCAAUACAUGCAACGUGGCAUGCACAGACACACACGUGUACCCACACUCAUAUGUACGUAAAAUAAACAAAUGCAUUGGAAGGAACAAAUUAAUGGAUACAUUUUAAUGAGAAGGAUUUACAUAUUUUCAAUACCACUGAAUAAAACCUGAUGGAGGAGGUGUUCAUAUAAAGAAAAAAAUGCAUACUCUACUAUAACCCAAGCAUAGUUACACAUUGGAUGCAUCAUUCUCUUUCUUUCAUUUAUUUUACAGUAUGCACAUUCCUCAUCAAGGUCCAAAAAACAGAGCUAAAGAAUGUUUCAAAACUUACUAUAGUAUCCCUUUUAACAGCUAUCUAUGUGCUUAUAGGGUGUAUACUGUCAUGGAGAUGUCUGCUGAAAUAGACAACUGACAGAAGGCAGAGUGAUUUCUCAAGGCUGGCAUUUGUCAUCCAAAUAAUUACACAUAGUCUAUCUCAAUUAACUAUUUCAAUAUUACACAGGGACUAUGUCUGUGAAGUUCAGGACGGGAGGAGGUAGUUUGACAGAGUUCUGUAAACAUUAGAGGGAGCAGACUGAGAAGUACAGGUAGACGGCAAAAGGCCCAUCUGAAAAUCCUCAUUGAAAAGGGAGAGAGAGAGAGAGAGAGAGAGAGAGAGAGAGAGAGAGAGAGAGAGAGAGAGAAAAGCUGUUCCAGAUGGCAGCAGCCACUGUGGGAUGAUGGGAUUGUAUAAAGGGACUACGAGGAAACAGGUGCCAACUGAGAAGAAAGCAGGAUAAGGGAACAGACAGAAAGUCCAGAUAAGGCAGUUAGGGUGAGAACUUUCAUUGUCAAAUGCUUUGCUUUGUGAAUGACCCUUCAGGAGACCAACCUUUCCAUCUCCAGUCCAAAGGGGAGUGGAGAGAGAAUUCCAGAUUCUGCAAGCAAACUGCAACUGAAAUGUAGCCAGUACCAGAAUGAGAAGCAUCGCUCAGAGACUUCAUUUGCUGAUGAGAAAAGCACAGGGCACGGCAAGGGUGUGUGAUUCUCAGGCAGUCUCCUCUGCCCUCCAUCAAUUCUCUAGGCCCAGUGGUCUUCUUAUGGCUCUUGUCUUGUGUGCCCCUGCUUCAAACAUGCAGGGUAUCCUCAAAUUCCCAUCAACCUGGAUUAAGGUUUAGAAGAAAUGCAAGCCAGAGGAAUAGCAAAGUAUCUUGCAUUGUUUUACUGCCAAGUAUACAUGGGGCAGAAUAAAAGGUGCUCCCUCUGCAGCCAUGGGCAUUCUUGUCUUCAAACAUCUGCUAAGAAGCAGAUCACCUACCUAUAAAUUUGGAAGCCACAAGGCAGGUCAGCACCAAAGCAGAAGGCCUAGGGCUGCCUGUUAUUACAAGAAGGCAUCAUUUACCCAUAAAGCCAUGCUUUGAGCUGGCACAGAACACGGGCUCAAAAAGACGGCUCAGCCAGUCCUUCAUUCUGAACACAGAACAGGCACAAGGGAACCCAAAUGUUCAUUUGAAGAAUAUCAUUUCCCAGAUCAGUUUAGGGUAAUUAUUUCUUGUACUGAAAAAAUUACUGAAACUUAUUUUACCCCAUCCAUGUUACUGGGUUGGAUUUUUCUUGAUAGAAAGCAAGAUGGCAGGGUUCUCUUUUCUUAGUCAAAUACUUACUCAUCUCUACCUCGUUUGUUAAGUUAGGCAGCCAGUGAAAUUAGACAUUAAGCUAGAUCCUCAUGGAAAGGGAAGGUCCUCCUGGCUUUACCCAUGAAGUGGCUGCUGCUGUAGGUCCUACUCUAGUCUCACGUUUUCCCUUUUGCUUCCUGUUGUC